AUGAUUUUUGUGUGUGCAGUCCGAAUCCAGUGUAUCGGCGAUCUGCGUAACCCUAACCCGCAGUGUGAGAGACUCGCCAACGUCCGAGUUGCAAUACGCGCCCAAGGGAAAGCAAAAAUUGGCUUUCGAGACUCUUUAACAGAUGCCCUCGAUUUCCGAAUGCUCAACCUAGGGAGAAAAGUAUAUGCAAGGGAGAUUUUAUUGCAUCGCUGGAUUCGCGAAUCAUCAUCUUCAGCUGCACUGGUACAGAAACAAGCACCCACUCAUGGCAAAAUACGACACAGGAAUACUGUUGCGGAAAUGACUAAAGAUAGAGAGAAAGAUAACACAAAAAAAGAGCCAGUGAAGUAUGAACACCUUGAAACGCAUGGUUUGGACCCAAGCCAGGGGUCAAUUCUCCCAGAUACAGGUUUUACUCUACCUCCUAUGCAAGGUCGUAAUAUCGACGAACAUUUCCACCGUAUUGGUUCUAACUCAGCACAGCCGUGGUUAUCGCUAGCCAAAGGCUUUUCCCAAGGCCUUUUGCCCCCAAAGCCUGAUCAAUGGGACAUCCAGUCAGGUUGGACAAAAUAUCAUUUUCUACCUGACGGUUCCAGUUACAGCGAACACGUUGAGUACCCAGAGCAUGAUGGACAAGCGGAGCAGAUGCUGGUUUUCGACGUAGAGACUAUGCCUCCUUACCACCCAUACGCUGUCAUGGCUUGUGCAGCGUCCGGCAAUGCAUGGUACUCUUGGAUAUCACCUUGGCUCUUGGGCGAAUCAACUGAACCCCGCCAUCUCAUCCCAUUUGGUUACCCUGAUUGUCCUCGAAUCGUUGUUGGUCACAACGUAUCUUAUGAUCGAGGGAGGAUUCUGGAAGAAUAUGAUUUACGUGGCACACAGACGCGAUUUCUAGACACUAUGUCCUUGCAUGUCGCGGUCAAAGGUAUAUCUUCUCAUCAAAGACCAGCUUGGAUGAAACACCGGAAGUCAAAAGAAAAGCUGCAAGAAAGGCGGGCUGAAGCUGUGGAAGCUGUGGUUGAGCUCAUGCGGGAUACCGAGAUGAAGUACGAUCAGGAAGUCGACUCUAUCAAGAAGGAAGAACUUCGACGCCUGCGUCUAGAAAUGGAAGAGAGCUUGCCCCAACUCCAAGCUGAAGAUAUUGAUGUUGCUGAAGCUGAAUUGUCUAACAAGCGCUGGGAAGACCUGACGUCUGCUAAUUCUCUGGCUGAUGUUGCUAAGCUUCAUUGUGAUAUCACCGUUGACAAGGGAAUUCGCAACGAUUUCAUGUCGCAUACUCCCUCCGAAAUACUAGCCAAUAUCCAUGAUUAUCUCAAUUACUGCUCACAGGAUGUCUUCGUCACACAUGCAGUAUUCUCACAAGUGCUCCCUGCGUUCCUUGCUCGUUGUCCAAGCCCUGUAUCAUUUGCGGGUAUCCUUACGAUGGGUUCCAGUUUUUUGACUGUAAACGAAUCAUGGGAAGCAUAUCUGGAAAAUGCAGAGAGAACGUACCGGGAGUUGGACGAAAAGGUUAAGACACGCCUCGUAGAUCUUGCCGAAGAAGCGAAAGGAAUGAUGGAAGAUGGCACAUGGAAAGACAGUUCGUGGCUCGCUCAACUUGACUGGACACCGAAAGUCGCUGGGAAGUCCAGAGGAGUGCUACCUUCCGUGCAGCCAAUCUGGCUGAAAAUCCUUCUCUCGCAGGGACCACUCCAUAGCCGUAGCAUCAACCGUAUUUUGCCCCUGCUUCUCCAAUUGUCAUUCGACGGAUAUCCUCUACAAUACUCGAAAGAAGAACUGUGGCACUACCUGAAAGAUGACAUGGUGGUGCGGUUGCCAAGUGCCGGAAAGAGCAAAACUGUGUCCAUUCUUGGGGCUUCUCAUGGUUUACCACACUUAAAAUCUGGCCGUAUGACAUCAAAUGAUUUGUCUCUCGCCGUAUCCAUAUCUAGUGGGGAUAGAACCGAUGUCAUUGCAGCGCAGAUAUUAGACUUUGCAAAAUAUGUAAUCGAGCAGUCGACACCAGCUCAUAUAAAAGGUAGCCCUUGGUUGAGACAACUGGACUGGACGCGUGUCGAAUGUGAAAAUAGCCAGUCGACCCCAGGAGGAUCAAAAUCUCCUUCCGCGAAAGGCUCUAAACCUCCGCCAGUACUGUGGCCCAAGUGGUACUGGGAUCUGGCGAAGCCAAAGAAAGACAUGCCACCUGGAUCUCUCGACAUAACUGUGCGGAAUCGUAUUGCACCUAUCCUCUUGCGCCUUUCAUGGCUGGGAUGGCCCCUAUUCCAUUCUCGAGAACAUGGUUGGAUGUUCCGCGUGCCUAACAAUGUCAAUUUCUCUAUUCGACUUACUCCACUUCAGUUCUACGAUCCUGCAGAUGGUGUACUACAAGAUUCAAGCUUGCGCGGAGGCUUUGUUUUCUAUAAACUUCCUCAUAAGGACGGGGAGAAGGCAAAUGUUGGAAGUCCUCUUGGGAAGUCAUUCAUGAAAUAUGCACAAGAUGGAACAAUGACUAGCCCGGGGGGUGAAGCUAACGAAGCGCUUGAUAUGAACGCUCAAUGUAGCUAUUGGAUCAGCGCACGAGACAGGAUCAUUAAACAGAUGGUUGUUUGGCAAGACGAACAGUCGACUAUGGGUUUUGGUACUUCCGAGCAAGGAGACAAGUCUGUCGCUGCUGCCCAAAAAUGGGGAAUAAUAUUACCUCAAGUUAUUACCAUGGGCACGGUGACUCGCCGUGCAAUUGAGAAAACGUGGCUGACAGCUAGCAAUGCGAAGAAGAAUCGCGUGGGCUCUGAACUGAAGGCUAUGGUCCGGGCCCCCGAAGGAUAUGCUAUAGUCGGUGCCGAUGUAGACUCGGAAGAGCUGUGGAUCUCGAGCUGUAUGGGUGAUGCACAGUUUGGUUUGCAUGGCUCCACAGCAAUCGGUUGGAUGACCCUCGAAGGGACAAAAGCUGCUGGUACCGAUUUACACUCGAAAACCGCCAGUAUACUAGGCAUCUCACGUGACCAAGCCAAAGUGUUCAACUAUUCUCGAAUCUAUGGCGCGGGCAUGAGACAUGCGGUACUUCUUCUACUCCAGUCUAAUGCGAGCAUGUUACCAGAUCAGGCUCAAAAAUUGGCUGAGAACCUCUAUGCUUCGACGAAGGGCAAGAAUACUCACCGAUCAGACAUUUUUGGUCGGAAGUUCUGGUUUGGCGGGACAGAGAGUUUCUUGUUUAACAAGCUGGAAGAGAUUGCGUUGUCUGACUGUCCCCGAACGCCUGCCCUUGGGUGCGGGAUAACAUAUGCUCUAUCAAAAGAAUACCUACCAGCUGAAUUCGGUUCAGACUACAUGACUUCUCGUAUCAACUGGGUUGUACAGUCUUCGGGGGUCGAUUACCUGCAUCUGCUCAUAGUCUCAAUGGACUAUUUAAUCAAAACAUACGAUAUCAAGGCAAGAUACUUAAUAUCAGUUCAUGACGAGCUAAGGUAUUUGGUUGCGGACGACGACCGAUACCGCGCUGCACUGGCGUUACAAAUAGCCAAUCUGUGGACCCGUAGCUUGUUCGCCUACAAGCUCGGGAUGGACGAUUUGCCUCAGGGAGUUGCGUUCUUUUCUGCCGUGGAUGUUGACACAGUACUGCGUAAAGAAGUGGACAUGCCCUGUGUUACACCGUCACAUCCGACACCAAUCCCUCCGGGAGAAAGUCUCAACAUCGUGCGCACGCUAGAAAAAACUAAUGGAGGCUCUUUAUGGGCUGACGGAAGACCUAUGGCCAAGGUGGACACCAGCCACUGGAGUGAUGACGCUUCAGAAGAUUAUCGUAGUCCUGACUGCUUAACCCACCGGGCAAAAAGCGCUGCCUUUCUCCGUGCACAGGCCACUAGCGAGUUCUCUGAAGUCAAGCACCUUGCACAGCAAACUUCAGGAGAUACAUAUGAAGGUGGCAUCGGAGGCAAUAAAAAACCAGGGCGGCGAAAAAGUGGGUCGAGGUCUGGCUAUGAGGCGCAGCUGUCACGGCAUCAGGCGCUUUAG